AUGGGAGAAGGUUACAAAAACUGCUGUACAUGGUGGUCUUCCUCAUCGUCUUCAAUGAAGCUGUUGUUGUUUAUGGUUCCAUUAAUGAUAGUUGCAUCUGGGUUUGUUUCUAUUUUGGGUUCUAAAACUUCCACUUGGGUUGUAUUUCCAAACCAUUCUUGGUCAUCUUUUUCCUCUUCUUCUUCUUCUGAAACUCGAGAGAGUUCUGCAAAAGAGAGCGAGGAGAUGGUUGAUUUGCAUUCAAGAAUGGUAAUGGUAGGCGUUCAGGAUAAGGAAGAAGCUCUUCUAAAUGUUGAUCAGCCUAUUCUCAACAAAUCGUCUUCCCCUCCUCUUCCUGUAGAAGCCGUGCAAGUUCAGCAAUCAGAUGGUUCAGUGUUGGAAGAUGGCUUGAAAAUUUCAAUGGCUGAGACUCCCAAGGUUGCUCCCAUGAGUGAAUCUGUGUCUGUUCCUAUGAAAGCAAUGCGACCAAAAGUACUUACAAAAUUGGAGAAGCUGGAAGCUGGUCUCCAGAGAGCAAGAGUUGCAAUUAAAGAAGCUUCAAAUGGAAAUCAAACUGAUCCUCAAGACCCUGAUUUCGUCCCUCCAGGCCCUAUGUAUUGGGAUUCCAAAGCCUUUCACAGGAGCUACUUGGAAAUGGAAAAACAGUUUAAGGUCUUUGUUUAUGAAGAAGGAGAACCGCCAGUUUUUCAUGAUGGUCCUUGCAAGAGUAUAUACUCCAUGGAGGGAAAUUUUAUCUAUGCUAUGGAGGUUAGUAGACAGUUCCGGACCAAAGAUCCUGAGAAAGCACAAGUUUUCUUCCUUCCCUUCAGUGUGGCGAAGAUGGUCCAAUUUGUCUAUGUGCGCGAUUCGCAUGAUUUUGGUCCCAUUAGGAAGACAGUCGUUGACUAUGUCAAUCUUAUUGCUUCAAGAUACCCUUACUGGAAUCGAAGCCUCGGCGCUGAUCAUUUUAUGCUUGCCUGCCAUGAUUGGGGGCCAGAAACUUCUUUUUCUGUACCUAACCUACAGAAAAACUCCAUUCGAGCCUUAUGCAAUGCCAACACUUCCGAAAAGUUCAGCCCCAUGAAGGAUGUAUCAUUUCCAGAAAUCAAUCUCCGAACAGGCAAAAUAAACGGCCUGGUUGGUGGACCAUCCCCAUCUCGACGAUCAAUCUUGGCCUUCUUCGCAGGAGGCGUUCACGGUCCAAUCAGAUCUGUCCUUCUCGAGCAUUGGGAAAAUGAGGACGAAGACAUUAGGGUACAAAAAUACCUUCCGAAAGGAGUCUCAUACUAUGACAUGAUGAGAAAAAGCAAGUUCUGCCUUUGCCCUAGUGGCUACGAAGUCGCAAGCCCAAGAGUUGUCGAGGCAAUAUACACCGGGUGUGUUCCCGUGCUGAUUUCUGAACAUUAUGUGCCACCAUUUAGCGAUGUUCUGAAUUGGAAGUCAUUUUCUGUGGAGGUUUCUAUGAGUGAUAUUCCAAAUCUAAAGAGAAUAUUAUCGAGCAUAUCUACAAGACAAUACAUAAGAAUGUACAGGAGAGUGGUGCAGGUAAGAGGACAUUUCGAAUUCAAUUCUCCUCCAAAGAGAUUUGAUGUGUUUCAUAUGAUUCUUCAUUCUAUUUGGCUUAGAAGACUAAACGUUAGAAUCCAUAAUGAUCAAAGUGGUGUGACCAAUUGA